CGGCUUUUGUCUCUUCCAGCGAUUGGUCGAACGGAUCGCUCGCUCUUUUCUCUGGUUUCGUAAGGCCAGCUUAUUUCGAGUUGGAAGAAAGUCGUCACGGCCUUCCCAUAACUGUUACGAGUUCCGAAACUUUUCUCCAGUGAAGUGUUUCAUUCUCUUUUUCUUCCGUGUAUUUACCGUCAAAACCGAGGCCAAUCGUACGAAAACAAACCGUUGAGUGAGUUUCGGUUACUUGGAGAUCCAACCGGUUAAAUAGUGCCUUAAGUUAGAGAAGGAAAUAAAAAGAAAGUGGCCAACACACUACCGAUGUUCCUCUGGUGGGCCUAAGUGAGUUUAGUUUUCGGAUGCUGAUUCAACGGUUUGGGCUAUAAAAGUGGUGAAUUAAAUGUUUAUCGUGGAGCAGUGAGAGUUGAAAAUUCUUUUAUUCACCACGGUUGGGUGUAGUGCAUCGUGUUAACCUAGAUAUCUGGAAGUGGAAGCACAACAACGGAGCAAUGGCUCUCCAGAUGACUGAUAUGCUUUACGAGAACCCGAUGGAUCACUUUCUGACGCUCUUCAUCGAUUUCUUCAUUUUCUUCUUCAAAUCGAUCUACUACACUCUGGAAACGUGUCUGUUGACCUGCAUUCCCUACCGAUUCCGUAAAGUGAAGGAUGUGUCCGGUCAAGUGGUACUAAUAACCGGCGGAGGCGGUGGUGUCGGGCGUCAUCUAGCGAUGAAUUUUGCCCGGCUUAGGACGCGAGUCGUGAUUUGGGACAUAAACAAGGAAGCAUUGAAAGGAACCGCCGACGAGUUGGCUGCUGAAGGGUACUACUGCCACUCCUACCUGGUGGACAUAUCCGAUCGGGAGCAGGUGUACGAGAUAGCCAAGAAGGUCAAGGAGGAGGUCGGUGACGUCAACAUUUUGAUCAACAAUGCUGGAAUUGUCGCCUGCCGUACACUGUGGGAUCUGUCGGACAAAGCCAUCGAGAGUACCUACGCGGUGAACAUACUGUCCCACUAUUGGACCACGAAAGCCUUCCUCCCGGAAAUGAUGAAGACCAACAAGGGACACAUAGUUACCGUGGGAUCCGUUGCAGGACUACUGGGAACCUAUGGAUGUACCGAUUACAGCGCUACGAAAUUUGCUUGUGUUGGUUUUCACGAAGCUUUGUUCACUGAGUUGAGGACACACGGCUACGAUAAAAUCCAUUUGACACUGGUUUGUCCGUACUACAUCAACACCGGAAUGUUCGCCGGCUGCAAGCCUCGUCUUUUGCCGAUGCUGGAGCCCAAAUAUGUCGCUGACAGUAUGGUAAAAUCGAUCCUGAAGAAUGAAGUCAACUGCACCCUUCCAGACAACGUUCGUGUGUUCUUGCCACUUAAGUGCCUACUGCCGGCCAAGGUUUGCUGGGAAAUAAUGCACCGCAUCAUGAAAGGACCCCAGACUAUGAUGGGCUUCCGUGGUAGGGGCAAAGCUACCGCGGGUUAGUGAAUUUCCGUUUGGGGAGAUUCCGCUUUAGUUGAAUAGGAUUAUCUUUUCUAUUGAGUUAUCACUAUGUCGAGUUCAAUAGUUUUCGUUUUCAUUAUUUUAAAAAUAUUACUAAUUUAUAGCAUACAACGAGCUUUAGAACUAUCCUUUUAUUAUUAUUAUUAUAUAACACGUUUCGAAAAUAUUUUACGUAAGAAAUUACAUUCAAAUAUAUGAAUCUAAAAAAACGA